CGAAUUGAGAACUGCAUGUGUUUACAUCUACACUGCUGUCACUGGUGAGUAAUAACCUAAUACAUUUUUGUAUAUAUAAGAAUGGAUGGAUAACUAAUCUUAGUUUCAGUUAAUUUUUGAGAAACCUUUAAUAAAGCUCGAUAUACCAAGUCGAAGGCUAAUCGAAUAUGAUUUUUCAUCAUAAAAUGUAUAAGCUCUAGUAUAUAUCGAUGUAGAAUUGUAGAUUAUUGUUUUAACGAUCAGAAGUUUGGGCUCGACAUCACCAGAAAUCGCGUUUAUGGUCGGAACAUGAAAAUACCCUUUCAUUAGGUUUAUCGAACCGGGAUAAAUAUGCAAGGAAUAUACGUAUCUUUUAAUUAUCAAACUUAUGGCACAUAAAUGGCGUUAUUAAUAUAGUUACAACUAAUUGCGUCAUACAUUGUAUACCACAAAUAAUUUUGAAGUUAGCUACCUUCGCUUUUCAGUCCAUAAUCAAUGGCCGGUUGAUUCACUGGAUAAGUUAAUAAAAAGUCAAGGCUAGAACCGAUUUAGGAUCAUUUACUCACUGAAAACAGUUCAUUGACAUUGACCCUCAUUAAUUUGUCGCAUUGGAAUUUCUAUAACAUGUUUGUGGAUGCAUGCAUAAAUUUGCCUAUGCCAUGUUAUCCAUUGAUAAUGAUGAUAAUAUACUGCACAGUCCGUUAAAUGGUACAGUACAGAAGACUUAUAUUUAUACUAAUACUGAUGGCGGCCAAAGUUAAUUUAAUAUAACAACAAAAUGCCUUCUUAAAAUCAUAAAUGGCAUAAUAGACAAAAAAGGGUGGACUUGAGUUUUGACGCCUUGCAUGUUGUAAUUUUGAAUUUUGUGGAUUUCACUAUUGAAGGAUAACUCAAUAAUCUGACAGUAAAUGGAUUACUGUCAAAUCAUUUAAAAUACAUCUUAACCAGUUGCAUGCAUGACCACUUAAGCUAAACGCAAAAAUUUCAGCAAUUAUUAGAUUACAUUUUUUUUAUCAAAUAUUAGCAUGAGGUACAUUAAAAGUAUGAUAUAGUUGAUCUGUUGAGAGCUUUGGAAAACACAACCGAUACAGAAAUGUUUAAUAAGCGGUGGCACGCGGCCAAUGACCUUGAUAUGACAUCACUAAUGGCCGUCAUUCUUGUGUUGACAUUUCUCCUCUGAUAAUCCCAGCAAGAGAGAACUUAUCACGCAAUAAAACACUUGGGAACAAUAUCCGUACGUAAAUAUUCCAAAUGUAGCUUACAAAACACGCCGGAAAAACUCACGAAAUCGCGCUGCACAGCAACAUUCUGUUUUUGUCAUUAACAUCUUAGACACAGUGACGUUCCCCGAGACGCCGACUGAAAUUCCUGCCUUGCUGAAAAGCAUCCAAAGAGCAUAAAGAACUGUUAUCACUUUAUGUGUUAGAUAUGAAAUACGUUAACAACACCCACUUCCUCCAUAUUAAGCCGCGGGGUACAUUAUAAACUGCUGUAUAUAAGUGGAUUGCACAUUUUGACAUUACAAUACCUGUACGCCCAACACUGGUGAAGAGCUCCGACAUUCAGUGAUGAAUUAUUCAAUAACGCUCGCGAUCUGUUUUUGUUGGCUUCUGUGUGGUACUACAACCAAGGCAGGAGAGUCAAAUACAGGUGAUGGACUCAACCAAGGACUUAACGAUGUUGCGGUAGAUUUUCAUAGUCAUACUUCGCUGAUAAAUAGCACAAGUGAAAUGGUCCCUUCAGCCGGUGAUCACCCUACUUCUAAAUGGAUUUGGAAACCAAUUGGCCAUAAAAUAAAUGACAUCGACUCUGCAAUAAUUCUUGGCUUGUUUGAAAAUGACUCGGGAUCCGGGGAAGAUGACGGAGUUUAUGAAGAACCAGUUAAUGAAACGCAGACCAGCAGAGAAGAAAUUUGGACUUUUGACGAGACGAUAGAAGAGAGAGUGUAUACUACGCAAAGUCCUAAAACGAUGGAUAGAAAACGAAGUAAAACUGAGGAAAAGGCGUAUCUGAUCUACGAAAGGCAUCUAAGAAAAACAAAUUGGUGUUUUAAAGAUAACGAAGAAGCAAAACCAAAUUACAAGUUUAAGGUAAAACGUCUUUGCGAGUCACUUUUUUUCUUUCAAUACAUAAAACGUAUACUGAAAUAGAAUAUCUUGUGUCUUAAUUACUAUGCGCAUUCAUGAUUUUAGUUACCGGUUACUGAGGGAAUUAUUUUUGUUAUUUCAUUCGCGCGCUAUAUACCUAUUUGUUGAAUCAACAAAAUACCAAAACUCUCAACGCUCGGCUUGAUCGAAAUGCCCAAAUCUUUUUUGUAGUUUAGGCUGUCAACGUAGCCACUCACUAUAAUUGGCUUGAUUUAUAUAGUGCUGUCUCUCACUAUACGUUUGCAAAUUUUACUCUACACUGUUCCAACAGUCGUAUUUGUGGUAAUUAGACUGCUAACCGUCGUGCUAAUUUUCCUUCAGUAAAUGACCAAGAAACACAAAUAAACUAUAUCUGUAAAUAUUUCGUGCUCAGAAAAUUGAAAUAAACAAAGGCAAGCUAAGAGAUGAAACAAUUUCAUUAAUCCCAUUCACUGUGCUUUCAUCAAUUGCGCACAGUUGAUCAAUAGCUACACUGCAAGGAAUUGUACAUAAUGUUCUUCCGGAACUUCGUAAAGAGAUAAAAAAUUGGACAGAGAAAUGUCUAAAUUAGUAAAUAGCUUGAUUUCCUGCAACACAAAACACUUUUAACUCCACCUUAACCACAAUGUUGCUAGAAGGAUAUCUCUAUAUGCAAAGGCUAGUGACAAUCAAUGAUAAAUUGUUGUUGUUUUAUGCAAGCUCUGCAGUUUAUAAUAAGGAAUUAGAACUUGACAAAUUUCUGGUGACACAAUCAUCACUUUGGGUACUUGUUACAAUGGUUUAAAUGUUCGUUCUGCCACAUGGGUUAUGUUGAUUUAUAUAUAGCAAAUGUAUUAUAUUUCAAACAUGCAUUAUAUUGAUAUAACAGUAUAUAACCGAGAGAUACUCUACAUGUAGUAGCUAUAUUAAGCCUAUAUAAUAUCAGGUGAAUCUUGAAAUCGUAGGAGUCCAGUGUAGAUGCGUGCAAUAAUUAAGCUGCCGUGGGUUUGAAUCGAAACAGCCCUGAAACAGGAUUAUAAGAUCACUUAGACGUUUCGAGAACACCAUUAAUCAUUAUAGUCAGGAGUAUAGUUAUUAGAGCGUGCAUGCAUGGCUUUGCUGAAAAUAACGUCCAGAUCUCGAAAACAUGCAGUAGAAUUUCUCUGGGAAAUAAUACAUCAUCAACAAGAUCACGAGGAACAUUUUCAGUUCCUCACACAUACUUGAUCUUAAGGAAUCACAACUACAAGUGUGAAUCUAUAGUUACUCAUCUAUAAUUUCGGCAAGGCAUUUUUUAAUACCAUGGACUGGUGGGGCAUUUGCCCCACUAGGCCCCUUCCUCUGCGGCUCUGCCCCAUCACUGAAGAAAAAAAUGGCCUAAUGCCCCAAAGCCAGGGCCCUAGGACCUGUACUGAGUAAAUGAGUUUAACAUUGAAAAGAAGUUUAAAAAAAUUUGUUGGUGAGCAUACUUAAACUUAUGUUAUGUUUGACUGUUUAGCAUGCAAUUUAUUACAAAUUUCACCAUUAAAACUUUGUUUUGAGAAGCUGAAAUUUUUUUUCAAUGUGUUCUCAGAAUGCAGGAAAUGCUAUUUCAGAGACUCAAAUCUUAAAAAUUUCCUGGGGGGGGCAUGCCUCCAGGUUCAACCCCCCUAGCUAACUCGUGUCUGCGGUACUCUGCUCACCCCCUCGGCGAUCGCAUACUAUGCUGGGGGGAGGGCUUGCCCUUUGGCAGUUUUGCCCCACCACUGAAGAAUCCUUAAAAAAUGCACUGAAUUUCGGAGUUAUAUAUAGAGAAGUCUUGUUAUUCAUAGUUAAGAUUAAGGUUACUUUGUUUUAUACGUCAAAUUUUCCAUCGUUCCACAUUUGGACAGUCUAGCUUGGUCUUGGGUCAGAAAAAUUAAACACUUUCUCAGUCAGUACCGCUCAUAUGUCAUAGGUCAAGAAACGUAUAAAUUAUAUCGGUUCAGUAAUUUUCAGGUAGUUCAAAGAUAAAUUAUUUAGAAAGAACGUUUAAGACAGCAGUGGAAUCAUGCAUGCAAUGAUGCUACCGUAUCAUUAAAUAUUUUCAUAUAGCCUAUAUUAUAUAACCUGAGAUUGAGAAGUGCAUUCUGUACCUUGUUUACAUAACCUUCAAAUAUCUAAUUUUUGUAUAGAAAGCAGAGGUGUGCUGCCGAAGACGUAGAGGAUGCCAAGGAAGACGACAUAUAAAAAGAGGAAUUUACGAUUGUUCGUGCGACAUAUAUUUUCAUAUUUGCUUGAAAAAAGCUGAUACAAAGAUGGCUAAAAGCAUCGAAAACAUGUACUUUAACAGGAACAUUGUCUGUUAUAAAAAACAACGCAAAGUUUGCAUAAACGAACCGUGUCCAGAUGCAACGUACAUGUGGAAAAUAAUCGCUCGCCAUCCUAAAUGAACUGAUCGAUAAUCGUGAUGUAUGCCGAAAGAGUGAAUAUAUAAAUGUAUUAACUAUAGGUGUAUGAUAAGUGGUUCAAGUGCUAUGACUUCUCCAGACUUCUCCCACCCACUGUCUUUCGCGUAAUUUAUGGGAUUAUAUAGGAGCACAAACGUAAGACUAGUUCGUGCACAAGCCCUUAUUAAUUAUCUGACUUAUUUAAUUGUGAAAGACAUUAAAGACACUUGACAACUUGCAUGUAGUCUUAGAACGUGUGAAGUACCAAGAUUUAGUUACUUUAAGCCGCUUUAAUUUAAAUGGGCGUGAGCUAUAAAAAACAUACCAAUAUAAAUUAUAUUGAGUAAAUAAAUGUUGCAAUGACA